CUUUUAUUCAUCCGAACCAGCUUUGCCCCUCUCUUCCAUUGGAAUCAGUGGAGCAUAUGCCCUUUGUCCCCUGGCCUAGUAAAAGCGUGACAAAACUCCAGUCUUCCUAGGACGACACGUCCUACCUAUCUAGAUUCUUUCCAAUAUAAGUUUAAACGGUCAUGGAUGCUAUCAUUGACCUCAAGGACGCCUCGAAGGCGCUAGAUUUAUCUAACAUCCGCUUCCAGCUCAUUCGGCUAGAGGACACAAUCACCUUCCACCUAAUUGAGCGAGUCCAGUUCCCCCUCAACAAGACCAUCUAUACCCCCGGCGCGAUAAAGAUCGGGCAAGAUAGCAAACUCAGUUUCGUGGAUUGGUAUCUUAAAGAGCAAGAGAAGCUGCAGUCCCUAAUCCGGCGGUACGAGGCGCCCGACGAGUACCCCUUCUUCCCCGAGGCGCUGCAGAAGCCCAUAUUAAAGCCCCUCGAAUACCCCAAGAUCCUGCACCCAAACACCGUCAACGUGAACGAGCAAAUCAAGCGGUUCUACAUCGAGAAAUUCCUACCCGCGGUGUGCCCGAACUUCGGCCGCGAGGAUAGCGGCGAGGCAGAAGAAAACUAUGGGUCUUCCGCGACUUGCGACAUCGCUUGCCUCCAGGCACUCUCUCGACGGAUACACUUCGGCAAGUUCGUAGCAGAGUCGAAGUUUCAGUCGGACCCCGAGAAGUACACCAAGAUGAUCAAGGCGGGCGACCGAAACGGAAUUGGCGAGUCUAUCACGAACGCGGCGGUUGAGAAGCAGGUUCUGGCACGACUAGGGCUGAAGGCACGGACCUACGGCACGGAUCCGUCUACGAACGACUCGGACAACACCGGUAAGAUCAAUGUGGAAGCCGUAGUGUCCAUGUACAGGGACUUCGUCAUCCCCAUAACGAAAGAGGUCGAGGUCGAAUAUCUAAUGCAGCGGCUGGGCUAAGCGGACCAUAUGGGCUAGACACGGAAAAGAUAAAAUAAAG